AUGUAUGAUUGGGGAAGUUCGGAACUUGUUAGGAUAUUGUACACUAUUCCAAAUGUUAUUGUGAAACGAGUUAAUUAUGACAGAAAUAUUUCGUUUUUACAACAACUGGAGAUAACGCAUAACAGUGAUAUAUUCAUUGGAAUGCAUGGCAGUGGUCUAACACAUUUACUCUUUUUACCAAAUUGGGCUGUUGUAUUUGAAUUGUACAAUUGUGGCGAUGUAAACUGUUACUAUGAUUUAUCACGUCUUCGAGGUGUAAAAUACUUUACAUGGAUGAAGAGUGACAAGAUAUUUCCAACUGAUAAUGGUGUUCAUCCGCAAACUGGUAAACCUCAUAAAAAAUUUCAAAAUUAUCGAUUUGAUAGGGAUGAAUUUCGCAGGCUUGUACUCAUGCAAGUAAAAUACGUGCAGCACCAUCCAGAAUAUAAUUUACGUGUAUGGAGGAAUGAAAGAAAAAAAUACAGUGAAGAACUGUGA